AGCAAUUAAUCUGCAGAAAAACAGUUUUGAGCUCAAAAAGCCGCAGUAUGCAAAUCAGGGAGCCUGCUCUUUCACGAUUCGGUUCCCAACGCCAAAAAGAUCAACUCUUAAAGAGCCGUUCGUUCGCGAAUAAUCCAUCACCAGGAAGAAGACAAUUAAUAUGGCAGCAGGUAGCUCCUGCACGAUAGUGGAAUAUUUUGGGGGCGAUGACGGCUACCGGUGUGGUUAUUGUAAAAAUGAGAAGGGUAACUUCUCUCAUGGGAUGUGGUCCCAUGCCAUGACAGUACAAGACUACCAGGAUCUCAUAGACAGAGGAUGGAGACGAAGUGGGAAGUAUGUUUACAAGCCCAUCAUGAACAAGACCUGCUGUCCACAGUACACCAUCAGGUGUCAUGCCUUGAACUUUCAGCCAUCUAAAACCCACAAGAAGAUCCUGAAGAAGAUGAGCAAGUUUCUGUCUAAAGGGGAGAUGCCAACGGAACAAGGCGAUGGGGAGCCCAUGGACUCGCUGUGUGAGGAGGGAGGACUGCACGGCCCUGUUAAAGUCUGUCACUCUGAGGUGGCGAGUCCUGUGGUCACAGCCAUUCUGACUGAGGAGGGCGACACCACACCAGCCGAGUUUGAAACCGCUAGAAAAGACCCAGUGUCUGUUCCAGACGGGAGAGGACCAGAAACAACCCCCAAACCGGGGGUAGGAGCGGACCCCGGCAGGCCGUUGUGUAGGAAAGCCAAAGAACUGAGGAAGGCUCGCCGGCUGCAGAAGGAGCAGAAGAGACAGGUGGGGGGUGGAGUCCUGGCCUCUGCGACCUCUAACCCCGCCACGCCAGUCCAGCUCAACCAACCCAAAGCCCUGGAGGAGUUCAUCAACGAAUCUCUGCCCGAUAGUCCUCUGCACCGUCUCGAGGUGAGGCUAGUGCGCUCCAACCCCCCCAGUUCACAGUUCAAAGCCUCUUUCGACGCCUCCUACCAGGUGUACAAACUCUACCAGAUGGCCAUUCACCACGACCCUCCAGACAAGCCCACCGAGAGCCAGGUGAGGCUAGUGCCCGUCAAUGAUGAUGAUCCUCAGUUCAUGGCGACCUAUGAGCAGUCGGCAGCGCUGUACGCACGCUACCAGAUGGCCGUUCACGGCGACACCCCUUCCGAGUGUAACGAGAGUGAGUUCAGGAGAUUUCUCUGUGACUCACCACUUGAGAUGGAGACUCCUCCGGAUGGACCAGCGGCAGGCUACGGUUCCUUCCACCAACAGUACUGGCUGGAUGGCCGCAUCGUGGCAGUGGGAGUAGUGGACAUCCUGCCAACCUGCGUGUCCUCUGUCUACCUGUACUACCACCCUGACUUCGCCUCUCUGUCGCUGGGCUCCUACUCUGCACUCAGGGAGGUUGCCUUCACCAGGCAGCUGCAGAAACAGUCCCCCAAGCUGUGCUUCUACUACCUGGGCUUCUACAUCCACUCCUGCAACAAGAUGCGAUACAAGGGGCAGUACCAGCCUUCAGACCUCCUGUGCCCAGAGACAUAUGUCUUUGUGCCCAUAGAAUGCUGCAUCCCCAGCCUGGAGCAGACCCACUACGCACGCUUCAACCAGGACCCCGACGCAGGUGACACACACGUACUGAAGGACCUGGGUCGUGCUCUGGUGCUGUACAGACGGACGGUCAUGCCCUACGCCGCCUACGCCCGCAAACGCAAGGGCUCCAACGACGAGAUGGAGGUGGCGCAGUACGCUGGCCUGGUGGGCCAGCUCUGUGCUGAGAGGAUCCUGCUAUACCGGGCGUAACCCACUGGGGGCACCACCGCCACCCUGCACCUUGAUCCGCUCAUGUGUCUCUGUCUGUCCCGCUGUCUUUGUAAGUGCUUUCCACUGCUUCACUCUACAAUAGCCUCACCAAGUUUAGCUCUACUACACAUAGGCCGAACCAACACAUUCAAGUAUGUACCUGCUUUCAGAAAGAAUUCACGUCCCUUCACUUUUUUCACAUUCUGUUGUGUUACAGCCUGUAUUUUAAAUGGAUUAAAUUGAGAUUGUGUCACUGGCCUAAACAUAAUACCCCAGAAUGGAAUUAUGUUUUUAGAAAUGUUUACAAAUGAAUUAAAAAUGAAAGCUGAAAUGUCUUGAGUAUUCAACCCCUUUGUUAUAGCAAGUCUAAAUAAGUUUAGAAGUAGAAAUGGGCAUAACAAGUCACAUACUAAUUUGCAUAGACUCUGUGUGCAAUAAUAGUGUUUAACACUAGAACCACUGGGCCUGGAGGGACCAAUUUUCAAGCUAAUGAGCAAUCAGUCUGACUGCAACAUUCUAACAGUAUAAUUAAUACAUUUCAUAUACAGUACGCUAUCGCAAAAAUAAUAAUUUUGGUUGCCUUUAAGAAGGCUUUGGGUUUAAAAAAAAACACAAUAGCAUUUUGAUUAGUUUGUUACUGUAGGACAGUCAAGAUCACUUUCGCAGCCAAAAAGCAAGCGGUGAUCUACUGCUCAGAAUUUUCUUAAAACAUAACUUAAGAAAUGAACCUAAUAAAAACAGUUGUGUAGGAAUGAAGCCUGUGCAGUAGGUCUAGUACAUUAUCACAGCAUAUUGGCUAUAUGCCUGGCCUGCCAAUAUUGUUCUUCUCAGACCAUAUUAUAUUUCAAAACUCAAGCAUUGAUAACAAAAUUAAUCAGUUGAUGUAGCAAGGCACAUCUGAGCAUGAAUUUAAAUAUAUUUUUCAAAUAAUUCGCUUUUUUAUUGUACCAAAAGUAUGUGGACACCUGCUCAUCGACCAUCUCAUUCCAAAAUAAUGGGGAUUAAUAUGAAGUUGGUCCCCACUUUGCGGCUAUAAUAGCCUCCACUAUUCAGGGAAGGCCUUCCACUAGAUGUUGGAACAUUGCUGUGAGGACUUUCUUACAUUCAGCCACAAGAUAAUUAGUGAGGUCAGGCACUGAUGUUGGGUGGUUAGGACUGGCUCUCAGUCGGCGUUCCAAUUCAUCCCAAAGGUGUUCGAUGGGGUUGAGGUCAGGGCUCUGUGCAGGCCAGUCAAGUUCUUCCACACCGAUCUCGACAAACCAUUUCUGUAUGGACCUUGCUUUGUGCAUGGGGGCAUUGUCAUUCUGAAACAGGAACGGGCCUACCCCAAACUGUUGCCACAAAGUUGCCAGCACAGAAUCGUUGAGAAUGUCAUUGUAUGCUGUAGCGUUAGGAUUAUUCUUCACUGGACCUAGGCGGACCAUGAAAAACAUUAUUCCUCCACCAAACUUUAGUUGGCACUAUGGAUUUAGGCAGCUAAUGUUCUCCUGGCAUCCACAAAAAUCCAGAUUAAUUUGUCAAACUGCCAGAUGGUGAAGCGUGAUUCAUCACUCCAGAGAACGCUUUUCCACUGCUCCAGAGUCCAAUAGCAGCGAGUUUUACCACUUCAGCCGACGCCUGUUAUUGCGCAUGGUGAUCUUAGGCUUGUGUGGAAACCGUUCUUGUGCUGACGUUGCUUCCAGAGGCAGUUUGGAACUCAGUAGUGAGUGUUGCAACCAAGUACAGGCGAUUUUUACGUGCUUCAGCACUCGGCCGUCCCGUUCUGUGAGCUUGUGUGGCCUACCAUUUCACGGCUGAGCUUUUGUUGCUCCUAGAUGUUUCCACUUCACAAUAACAGCAUUUACAGUUGACCAGGGACAGAAAUUUGAUGAACUGACUUGUUGGAAAGGUGACAUCCUAUGACGGUGCCAGGUUGAAAGUCACUGAGCUCUUUAGUAAGGCCAUUUUACUGUCAAUGUUUGUGUGCUCGAUUUUAUACACUUGUCACCAACGGGUGUGGCUGAAAUAGCCAAAUCCACUAAUUUGAAGGGGUGUCCACAUACUUCUGUAUAUAUAGUGUGCCUGCAUCUAAUUGUAAUGGUGCUUUCAAGACUCUUGGAACUCUGAAAAAACAGGGCAAAUCAUGACGUCAUUUAACUUCAAGUCGGAAAGUCGGCUCUAGAAAGUUGCCAGGUGUAAGACCAGUCGGAUCUCUUUUUUAUUUUUUAUUAUAUAUAUAUAUUUAUUUAUUUAUAUAUAUAUAUAUUCAGUUGAAGUCAGAAGUUUACAGACAGAGCUGGUGUAACUGGGUAUGGUUUGUAAAGCCUCCUUGUUCGCUCACUCUUUUUCAGUUCUGCCCACACAUUUUCUAUAGGAUUGUGGUCAGGGGCUUUGUGAUGGCCACUCCAAUACCUUGACUUUGUUGUCCUUAAGCCAUUUUGCCACAACUUUGGAAGUAUGCUUGGGGUCAUUAUUCAUUUGGAAGAACCAUUUGCGACCAAGCUUUAACUUCCUGAGUGUUGUCUUGAGAUGUUGCUUCAAUAUAGCCACAUAAUUUUCAUUCCUCAUGAUGCCAUCUAUUUUGUGAAGACCACCAGUCCCUCCUGCAGCAAAGCACCCCCACAACAUGAUGCUGCCACUCCGUGCUUCAUGGUUGGGAUGGUGUUCUUCGGCUUGCAAGCAUCCUCCAAACGAUGGUAAUUAUGGCCGAACAGUUCUAUUUUUGUUUCAUCAGACUAGAGGACAUUUCCCCAAAAAGUACGAUGUGCAGUUGCAAACUGUAGUCUGGCUUUUUUUUAUGGCAGUUUUGGAGCAGUGGCUUCUUCCUUGCUGAGUGGCCUUUCAGGUUAUGUUGAUAUAGGGCUCGUUUUACUGUGGAUAUAGAUACUUUUGUACCUGUUUCCUCCAGCAUCUUCACAAGGUCCUUUGCUGUUCUUGGAUUGAUUUGCACUUUUCGUACCAAAGUACGUUAAUCUCUAGGAGACAGAAUGCUGUCUCCUUCCUGAGCGGUAUGGCGGCUGCGUACUAUUGUUUGUACAGAUGAACGUGGUACCUUCAAGCGUUUAGAAAUUGCUCCCAAGGAUGAACCAGACUUGUGGAGUUCUACUAUUUUUUUCUCUGAGGUCUUGGUUGAUUUAUUUUUAUUUUCCCAUGAUGUCAAGUAAAGAGGCACUGAGUUUGAAGGUAGGCCUUGAAAUACAUCCACAGGUACAAUUGACUCAAAUUAUGUCAAUUGGCCUAUCAGAAUCUUCUAAAGCCAUUACAUAAUUUUCUGGAAUUUUCCAAGCUGUUUAAAGGCACAGUCAACUUAGUAUAUGUAAACUUCUGACCCACUGGAAUUGUGAUACAGUGAAUUAUAGGUGAAAUAAUCUGUCUGUAAACAAUUGUUGGAAAAAUUACUUGUAGAUUACAAAGUACAUGGCCUAACCGACUUGCCAAAACUAUAGUUUGUUAACAAGAAAUGUGUGGAGUGGUUGAAAAACGAGUUUUAAUGACUCCAACUGUGUUUGUUUUUUUAGGAGUUCCCAGUUGUCUUGAACAUGGAAUCAGUCUCAGUGGAGGGAAGGAGAUAGCGUUCCUCCGAUGAAACUGACCAUUUAGAGGGGUCACAGUCUUCCACUUGAUUGUGCCUCGGGCACAAAUUCAAAUUCCAGAAAAAGUUAAAUACUCUGCGAUAGUAAAAUGGACAACGAGCUGCUAAUAAUUAUAAAACGCAGGGCUAUCGAUACACUUGACUACUCAUUCAAUGCAGCUGCAGUGCGAGUGGAAGUAGAGAGAAGUGUGCUUUGUUUUGAAAUAGUGUUGAAUUAAAACAGUGUUGACAGUGCUGAAUAAAACUUCGACAUGAACUCACUCAUAAAAACAGCAGCUAUUUGCUGUAUUCUUUGACAGUAUCUCUAAUGGUAACGGUUUUAAAAGUUAUAAAAUCUUACCUAAGCUAGUAUCAGUCUUUGCUGUGGCUGGGGUCGUGGAAGCUGUAGGUAGGCACAGUGAUUUGAGCUAUCUGAUUGGCCAGCGCAGUAGGCGCACUCGAUUUAGCCACAGGUCUCCAGGUCUGCCGGGUAGGCAAAGUUUGUCUUUUCAGACAAAUUCAAUGAUUCCAAAUGGAUACAUUUUGCCUACCUGGUGCGCAAGGGCUUCUGAAAAAAAGAGGCAUCUACCGCCAACAGCACACAAAAAAAACACAUGCCUCUGACUAUCGUUGGCUCCUACAGAAAUGUUUGGUGAUCGAUUAACACGCUGACCAGACCGGACACGUCGGGUGCGCGAGCAUCGCAAAAUACAUUUUGAAAUCCGGGUUAUUCAAUUAUUGCACCCACACUGCUUGCGUGCGCCAAAGAGCGUCUGCGAUGCCAAGGGCUAAAAUAGAACUCCUUUCUAUUUCUGACGCAGAUCGCGCUGAAAGUCCUGCCUCUCCCAUUUCCUCAUUGGUUAUUCCGACGUGGGUGAUUGAAAGAUGAACUUUGUUGCCGGUUGUCGUGGUAAUACUAUGAAAGUGAUCACCAUAUAAGUUCAAAGAUGAAAAACCCUGGAAGGAGGAGAGAUGACUAGAAACAAUUCGGUUGGUCGUUUUAUGUGUGGAUUAAUUGUCGAAGUAGAGGUCCUUGUGCAUUACAGGUAAAAUAACGACUCAAUGUUUAUAUCCCAUGACAAAUUAGCUAGCAACAGCAAGCUAGCUAAAUAGGACAAAUUAACACAUACAAUGAAUUAUCUGUAAGGUCCCUCAGUCGAGCAGUGAAUUUCAAACACAGUUUCAACCGCAAAGACCAGGGAGGUUUUCCAAUGCCUCGCAAAGAGCAUCCCUUUAAACAUGGUGAAGUUAUUAAUUACACUUUGGAUGGUGUAUCAAUACACACAAAAAUACAGGCCUCCUUCCUAACUUUAGUUGUCGGAAAGGAAAGAAACCACUCAGGGAUUUCACCAUAAGGCGAAUGGUGACUUAAACUACUUGUUUUAAAGACCUGUGAUAGAAGACUGAAGAUGGAUCAGCAACGUAGUUUCUGCACAAUACUAACCUAAAUGAAGGAAGCCUGUACAGAAUAAAAAUAAUCCAAAACAUGCAUUCUGUUUGCAAUAAGGCACUAAAGUAAAACUGCAAAGAAUGUGGCACAAAAAUGCACUUUGUCCUGAGUACAAAGUGUCAUGUUUGGAACAAAUCCAACACAACACAUCACUAAUUACCACUUCAUAUUUCCAAGCAUGGUGGUGGCUGCAUCAUGUUAUGGGUAUGCUUGUCAUCGGCAAGGACUAGGGAUUUUUUGAGGGGGGGUAAAAAAAAUUAAUGGAAUAGAGCUAAGCACAGGCACAAUCCUAGAGGAAAACCUGGUUUAGUGUGCUUUUCAACAGACACUGGGAGACACUCACCUUUCAUCAGGACAAUAUCAAAUCAAAAUGCAUUAGUCACAUGCGCCGAAUAUUAAACAUUAAACACAAGGUCAAACACACUGGAGGUGCUUACCAAGACUACAUUGAAUAUUUCUGAGUGGCUUAGUUACAGUUUUGACUUAAAUUGUCUUGAAAACGGCUGUCUAGCAAUGAUCAACAACCAACUUGACAGAGCUUGAAGAAUUAGAAAAAUAAUAUGCAAAUAUUGUACAAUCCAGUGUGCAAAACUCUUAGACUUACCCAGAAAUACUCACAACCUUAAUAGCUGCCAAGGGUGAUUCUAAACAUGUAUUGACUCGGGUGUGAAUACUUAUGUAAAUUAGACAUUUCUGUGUUUCAUUUUCACUACAUUUGCAAAAAUGUCUAAAAAGAUGUUUAUACUUACUAUACGUUAUGGGUUGAGAGAUGGAUGGAUGAGAGAGAGAGAAACAUAUUUAAUCCAUUUUGAAUUCCAGCUGUAAUGCAAUAAAAUGUGAAAUAAAUCUAAAAGUAUGAAUGCUUUCUGAAGGCAUAUUGCACUCACCUGGCGGCCUCGUCUAUGAUAUUAUAUCUGAAUCACGUUUAAUAGAUGCCAGUUUUAUCCAUAAUAUGCAAGGUUUCAGUUUAACAAAGUAUGUUGUCUAUUUAGUUGUGAACUAUCAAUCCAGUUGAUUAAGACUCAGAAAUCUUGGUUACAGGGAACAUUAAUGUCAGUGUAAUUUUGAUUUCAUAAUGUUUGACUUUCACCCCACGGAAAGCAGCAGUAGCCAUCACCUUCACCCUAACCCAGCACAAGGCAUGGUUCUCCUCUGUACUGAUAUGGGAUCAGACUAUUUACUGAUCUAGAAUCAGUGAAGUUGAGGAGAAUCUGAAAGUUGCUGCUUCACUCUGAGGAUUGGGCUCAUACACGCCACACCCACAAACCACACUGAAAUAAACAUGAUCUGGUUGUAUUCCUGUGAUGCAAACAUUUGUGUGUGUGUGUGUGCUGUAUGCUUGUUUGUCUGUCACUGAUAUUUAUAGCUUUAUUUGCUCUUUUAUUAUUGAUACUAUUAUUUUGUUUCAAAACAAAUAAAGGGAUGAAAUAUCCAAAUACUUA